AUUUCAGAUAUUUAAUUGUUUUGAUAACACCAAAUACUGUAAUUGCAUCUGUAUUUUAUCUAUGAGAAGUUUAAUAUAAUUUGAAACACUUCAGAUUUUAUCCAUUUAAUUCACCUAUCCCCUGAAUACAGAAAGAAUAGGGGUUUUCAUUUUCAUUUUGCAGAUGGAAAAGAGAAGUACAGAGCAGGCAGCAUGUCAGCUGAAACACCAGUCACACUGAAUAUUGAUCCUCAGGAUCUGCAGGUCCAAACAUUUACUGUAGAGAAGCUACUGGAGCCACUCAUAAUCCAGGUUACUACACUUGUAAAUUGUCCCCAGAAUCCUUCCAACAGGAAAAAAGGACGUUCAAAACGAGCCAGAGUCCUCCUAGCUUCUGUGGAGGAAGCAACUUGGAAUUUAUUAGACAAGGGGCAGAAGAUUGCUCAGGAAGCCACAGUUUUGAAGAAGGAGCUUACUACUGCACUUGAGGAAGUUCGCAAAGAAAGUGAAGCUCUGAAAGUAUCAGCUGAGAGAUUUGCAGAUGAUCCAUGUUAUCUCCCCAAAAGGGAGGCUGUGGUUCAAGCUGCCCGUGCCUUGUUGGCUGCAGUUACCAGACUCCUUAUCCUCGCAGACAUGAUAGAUGUCAUGAGUCUCUUGCAGCAUGUGUCAGCUUUUCAAAGAACAUUUGAGUCUCUAAAAAAUGUUUCCAAUAAAUCUGACCUCCAGAAAACCUACCAGAAGCUUGGAAAGGAGCUGGAAAAUCUGGAUUAUUUAGCCUUCAAACGUCAGCAGGAUUUAAAAUCUCCAAAUCAGAGGGAUGAAAUUGCAGGGGCCCGGGCCUCACUGAAGGAGAACUCCCCCCUCUUGCAUUCAAUUUGCUCAGCUUGUUUGGAACAUUCUGAUGUUGCUUCCCUCCAAGCCAGCAAGGACACAGUUUGUGAAGAAAUUCACAAUGCCCUCAAUGUAAUUUCAAAUGCUUCACAAGGCAUCCAGAAUACGCUUGCCCCACCAGAACCUAAGGCAGCAACACUAGGAAGUGCCCUUGAUGAGCUUGAGAAUUUAAUUGUCUUGGAUCCACUCACAGUGACUGAGGAAGAAAUUAGACCAUCUCUAGAGAAACGUCUUGAAGCCAUUAUCAGUGGGGCUGCACUAUUGGCUGACUCUUCAUGCACUAGAGAUUUCCAUCGGGAACGGAUUAUUGCAGAAUGCAAUGCCAUUCGCCAGGCUCUCCAGGACCUGCUUUCAGAGUACAUGAACAAUACUGGAAAAAAGGAAAGGAGUAAUACCCUGAAUAUUGCAAUAGACAACAUGUGUAAGAAGACAAGAGACCUUCGCAGACAGCUCCGUAAGGCUAUUAUAGAUCAUGUGUCAGACUCCUUUUUGGAUACAACAGUCCCGCUUUUGGUUCUCAUUGAAGCUGCCAAGAAUGGCCGAGAAAAGGAAAUAAAAGAAUAUGCUUCAAUAUUUCGUGAACACACCAACAGGCUUAUAGAGGUUGCAAAUCUUGCUUGUUCCAUGUCAACAAAUGAAGAUGGAAUUAAAAUUGUCAGAAUUGCAGCCAAUCACCUAGAAACCUUGUGUCCACAGAUCAUUAAUGCUGCACUUGCUUUGGCGGCAAGACCCAAAAGUCAAGUGGUCAAAAAAACCAUGGAAAUGUAUAAGCACACGUGGGAGAAUCAUAUCCAUGUCCUCACCGAAGCUGUAGAUGACAUUACAAGCAUUGAUGACUUCCUUGCUGUAUCUGAGAGCCAUAUCCUUGAAGAUGUCAACAAGUGUAUCAUAGCAUUGAGAGACCAGGAUGUUGAUAAUUUAGACCGUGCUGCAGGUGCUAUCAGAGGACGGGCAGCAAGAGUUGCUCACAUUGUCACAGGUGAAAUGGACAGUUAUGAGCCAGGAGCUUACACUGAAGGUGUGAUGAGAAACGUUAACUUCCUGACAACUACUGCAAUACCUGAGUUUGUAACACAAGUGGAUGUCGCCUUAGAAGCCUUAAAUAAAAACUCUUUGGAUGUAUUUGAUGAUGAUCAAUUUGUGGACAUCUCAAAGAAGAUCUAUGAUACAAUUCAUGAUAUCAGAUGUUCGGUCAUGAUGAUUCGGACCCCAGAGGAACUGGAGGAUGUUUCUGACUUGGAAGAGGAACAUGAGGUGCGCAGUCACACCAGCAUUCAGACCGAAGGGAAAACUGACAGGGCUAAGAUGACUCAAUUGCCUGAGGCAGAAAAGGAAAAGAUUGCUGAGCAAGUUGCUGAUUUCAAGAAAGUAAAGAGUAAACUGGAUGCUGAGAUUGAGAUUUGGGAUGAUACCAGCAAUGAUAUCAUUGUUCUGGCCAAGAAGAUGUGUAUGAUUAUGAUGGAGAUGACAGACUUCACAAGGGGCAAAGGACCACUAAAGCAUACAACUGAUGUGAUCUAUGCAGCUAAAAUGAUAUCAGAAUCAGGAUCAAGGAUGGAUGUCCUUGCUCGGCAGAUUGCUAACCAGUGUCCAGAUCCAUCAUGCAAACAAGAUUUGUUGGCCUAUCUGGAACAGAUUAAGUUUUACUCUCACCAACUGAAAAUCUGCAGUCAAGUUAAAGCUGAGAUCCAGAAUCUGGGAGGAGAGCUCAUCAUGUCUGCUUUGGACAGCGUCACCUCCCUGAUCCAAGCAGCCAAAAAUUUAAUGAAUGCUGUGGUGCAAACAGUGAAAAUGUCUUACAUUGCCUCAACGAAGAUCAUCCGAAUUCAGAGUCCUGCUGGGCCCCGGCACCCAGUUGUGAUGUGGAGAAUGAAGGCUCCUGCAAAAAAGCCCUUGAUUAAAAGAGAGAAGCCAGAGGAGACUUGUGCAGCUGUCAGACGAGGCUCAGCAAAGAAAAAAAUCCACCCAGUGCAAGUCAUGAGUGAAUUUAGAGGACGGCAUGUCUACUAAACCCACAAUUCUACACUAGUGCCUAUAUUAUAAAGUCCUGGUGAAACACAGUGUUUUAAUUUUACACUUAAUUAAUUCUGUAAGUUCACUAACUUUUAGAAUUUAAUGCACAAUUAACGUGAAACAUUGGAGGCAACAUAUAUUUGGGAUCAUGUCAUUGUCAUCUCUGUCUGGCCAGCACCUAGUAAGUCCACAAUACAUGCUUGCUGAAUGAAUGAACAUUUUAGGUGUCAUCCAGCUUUUCCUGUCACAGGCAGCAUCUUACAUUUGCUACCAAAUGAACACUGGAGACUCAAAUGAGUCCUAAUCUUCUGUAAAAGCUUAAGUACACUCACCUUAUCAUUUUGAAUUAAAACAUUGACAUGAGCUCUUGACUUGGUUUUCAAUGAAAGUGGAAGACUUCUUAAAGUAUUUUCCCAUUUAAUCUCUAUAUUUUCUUUACCUGGCCUAACCUGACAGACAUGUGUGAUUCUCUUGAUAUCUAGAGAUAAUUUUUUUUUCAAUCUCGAGAUAUCUUUAUCUAUUGCCAAUUGAUUAGGUUAACAUCAGAAACUAACUAAGCUCAGCAGUCAAGUUCAGCCUUGAUGAUUAAUGACGCAUUUUUUUUAACAUUAUAAAGAUUACUGCGAGUUUUGAUGCCACAAAUGUACUUUCAGGUCUCCAUAGUAUUGAGCAGUUUUGUAUAUUGAGGGUUAGGUUUAAAUGAGUCCAUCAGAUAACAUAUAUGGAAGGAAGAGUUAUGACCCAUUGGGGAAAUGGAACACCUAACUAUAUUCUUGAGUAAGUUAUGAUAACAGAAGUAGAAGGAGUUCUGUGUGACUCUAAAAAUCUAUUUGUAUUAGCUUGUAAUUGUAAUUAAAAGGAAGAGGCCAGUUUGAAAAACCUUUUGGUGUUGCGUAAAAUAUAACUGCAUGAAAUGUAUCAUUGAACUAGGAAGUAGAGUUAAUGGGAAUGAAGCUGGAGUGAUUUUAAUAACAUUUAAAAUAAAAGUCAUUGGGGUCAUUUUAUAACUCCAGUCACUGUGCUCAUACUUAAUUAAGUUCAUGAAGGACUUCAUGAUAAUCUUAGGGUCUAGUGCAUUGGCCAUCCCUUCCUCAUCCUUUCUCUCUCUCUCUCUCUCUCUCUCUCUCUCUCUUUCUCUUUCCCUGACUUGCCCUUCCCUCUUUGGAAGAGUUAAGUUUCAUUUUUUCUCACACGAGAUUACGAACAUGCAUUCCCUAUUCUACUUUAUCGAAAUUCUACUAUAAUUGUAACUUCACUUCAUACAACAUUGCAUUAAUGAGUUAUCUCCACAACUAUGUCAUCUUAGUAUGAUGAAGUAAAAUUCAAACAUUCAAUAUCAGUUGAUACCAGGAGGACCGGUUUGGGUAAAAGAAUGUGUGAAACAUAAGAAAGCUUAAAGUUAAGAAUAUGAUAAUGUAUGGAUGGUACUUUAAGCAAAAUUGUAUGGGGGAAAGAUUUAUUUAAUAGAUAAUUAUCAAUUAUGUGGAAAGUGCUAACUUUUUAUUGUACUGAAUUAUUUUAUUCCAAAACGCUGAGUUGCCUUGGCUCAGCAUAUAAACUUCCUAGGAGGUGAAAGCCAUAGGUCUUCCUUGCCUUCCACUCAGCACUGGCACACAAUCAUUAUUCAGGACACAGUCCACUCCCUAAAAGAGAAAGUAGAGCAGAAAGGAAUUAGGGAAUCCAGAUAUUUCUAUUUUCCAGAACUAUCUAGAGAAUAAAAAACAAAAAAGGAAGUUCCUUUUGUUGAAAUGCUACUGUGAUUUUCUUCCAAGAGUGGAUAUUACAAGAGUGACAUCUAUGACCAUACUUUUCUCAGAUAAAAGUGUGAAUUUAUAAUUUAGUUGAGAAAAUAGACUUUAAAAAUAUCACUAAACGACUAGCUGUAUAUCUUAGUUCCCAAAGCCACAAGCUCAAGAAUCAUAAGUCUCAUUUAGAAAAACUAAUGUCUAUUUGAUCCUAUGUUAGCUUUCCACAGGCUGGAGUUCAGAAUGCAGGACUGAUGCCAAAAGAACAAAUAUACCCUUGAAAAAUUAUACAAUUACCAAAUAAUCUCUUUAUCUUAAAAAAAUGACCCUUUACUCAAAAUUAUCUAUAAACAAGGUCUCUUCUUCAAAGUAGGUAGAUUUCCAGAAUAGCUCAAAGCAAAUAACUGUAAGUAAAAAAAAAAAAACAAAAAAACAAAAAAACAUAAUUAAAAAUACAACUUUGGGGCACCUG